AUGGAAAACGCCGCUAUGGACUUUCAGUCCAUCCGGGAGAACCGCUGGCCCAUUGGAUUGGUCCUAUUAGUCGCCACUGUGGUCUAUGCUGUCAUCAAUCGGACAUUUGGGAAAUCUCUCCUGGCUAGAGUUACACUGCGAGGCCGAAAACAUUCAACUGCCAGCACGCCACCGCGCUCUUUCUCACCAGACAAGAAAUCCACGACCAGCCCGAGCUCACCAUCUGACUACACCAAUGCCCUGCCACCCCAACGCAGACAUGUACUUGUCGAUCUGAAUUGCCCUGCUGCGUCCGCGCACGAUGUGGAUGAAGAUGAAGUGCGUCAGAACAUUCUCCCCAUGAGCGCCAAUUAUAUGACCAGUCCCGACGACAAGUAUACGCCGAUGGGCUUCUCAGUGGGUGAAAUCAAAGGAUUAGGAGACUUUCCAGACUAUGCGACUCUAAGUGGAGUUCCUCUUCCCACUUCAUAUCCGGAAUUCGAUAUUCAGAAGGCACUUCCUCGCCCAUAUCGCCCAUUCCGAUGGGCAUACCACCAAACGAUGUCCCUAACAAGACUCGAAACAGAUUGGUGGAUCGAACUCGAAAACACAUACAAGAGUCGCAUUGCCCAACGCAAAGACCUCUACUCCAAGAACGGCAAAGAGGUACUUGAUGCCAUGCCAGGCUCCGAGCUAGCAUGCAAGGAACUCAUGGAGAUGGUGUUACAGUUUAUCUGUGCACGAUAUCCGCAAUACUUCACUCUCGUCAACAACCGCGUGCUGCAAAACAAGAUCCUUGGUACGGAGCAAGACGUCACAGCCAAGCCCCCUCUCGAAGUUCUUUUGGACAAUGUUCCUGAAGACUUCGCCAUCAUGCUGCGCGACGACCAAACCGGGUUUUAUUUCCUACGCGCAGCGGUGAUCUGCUCAGCACUAGGAUGGAAUGUCGCUUCGAAGGUCGGCAAACAGUUGCAUGAAAUCCACGAGCCGGUUGCGGAAUACAAAGAGAAGAUGCAGUUCUCAAUGGAUCGAUUUUUCACUAAGAUGGCUAGUGAAAAACCAAUUCAGCGAGGAUCGUGGGGCUUGGAAAUCGGGCAACCCUUAUACAUGCCACCCGGAGAUCCUCAUGAGCUGCUACGGUUGUCUCAGCGAACUGAUCUGACGAUUGACGAAUGCAAUAUGCGGGUGGACUGGCAGACUCUCCGGCGUUUGCCCUUGUCCGGUGCCAUUGUCUUCAACUUCAAAGGGCUUUUCACCCCGGUUAGUGAGUUCCGUGAUGAGCCCGGCGUGCCGGGUUUGGUUAUGAAGCUUGUGACAGAAGGAAAGAAGAAUCUUAUGGAAUACAAGAACGUUUGGCAUGUGCAACAUGUUGUAGUUCCCAAGUUGAAUGAAUGGGCAGAGGAGCAGAAGCAGAAUGGACUGGUUGCGGAAGAUUGGGAGGUUGCUACUUUGGAUGACAGUCCUUGGUUCAAAGGCUGGCAAGAGAAAUGGCAUCGUCAACAGGGUUUUUAA